CGUCACCGCACGAAAUACGUCAUACAGGAAGAGCGUUUAUUGUUUUGGCGUUUCCUGAUCCACAUCUUUGGAGUAUCGCCGAUUAAAACAACAAACAUCUGACAGUCGAUACAUCUCUGGUAUCUGGUUCAGGUCGCCAUGACUCACUGGUUCCACCGAAACCCUCUGAAAUCCACAGCGCCCGUGUCCUUCAACCUGUACGGGGUGGCGUCCAGCCCCGCAGCCAAUAAGAUCUGCAAUGACCUGAGAACGACGCGGGCCAGACUGCUGGACAUGUUCACAGAUGCCACGUGUACACCAGAGAUAAUGAAGAAAUCCAGUGAUGAAUAUUUCGCUCUUUUACAGGGAUUCAUUUUGCCGCUGGAUGGUACCACACAAGAGAACAAGCUCCGGUUCAUCCAGAACUUCAGAUGGACCGACACUUUACAGGGAAACAUCCCAAGCGCGCAGCAGGAUGCGGUUUUUGAGCUGGUGUCUAUGGCGUUUAAUGUCGCCAUCUGGUACACCAAGUUUGCCUCACGAUUGGCUGGAAAGGAGAACAUCACAGAGGAUGAGGCCAAAGACGUUCACAAGAGUUUGAAAACCGCCGCUGGAAUAUUUAAAACCCUCAAGGAGACUCAUAUUCCUCGGCUCAUCACUCCAGCAGAGAAGGGCCGAGACCUGGAGCCCCGAGUCAUCGACACCUACAUUGUGCAGAGUCAGGCCGAGGCUCAGGAGGUGACCAUUGCCAGAGCCAUCGAGCUGAAGCACAACGCCUCCCUCAUCGCAGCGCUGGCAUUCGAGACCGCAAACUUCUACCAAAAGGCCGAUCACACUCUGAACACUUUGGAUCCAGAAUGCAGCAGUAAAUGGAAGAAAUACCUGCAGCUGAAGCAGCACUUCUACAUGGCUUAUGCGCACUGCUAUCAUGGACAGACUCUUCUUGCGGGUGAUAAAUGUGGAGAGGCCAUCAGAUCCCUGCAGGAGGCUGAGAAAUGUUACUCGCGCGCUGAAGCCUUGUGUAAAGAGUACCGUCAGAUGAAGGGUCCCGGCAGCACCGCCAAACCCUCGGAGCAGCUCUUCUUUAAGAAACUGGGCUCGUUCAUCAAAAACACCCUGGAGAAAUGCCAGAGAGAGAACGGCUUCAUUUACUUUCAUAAGGUUCCUGCUGAAGCUCCUGCUCUGGAGUUGAAGGCCAGUUAUGGAUUGGCAGAACCGACUCCAUUCGAGCUCCCGGCUCUCAGCGCUCAGUGCACACCUGAAGUCUACGCCACCUUUGACCUUACCAGAGGACCGAAAGAUGACAAGGCAAAAGCGAAGCAUGAUGAGGAGAUCAAGCCAGUGAAGGAGCCGGAUCUGAAGCCGCAGAAAGACACGGGCUGCGUCGUCUCUUAAUCGCAGCGACGGACAGGUUCAGCAUGAUGUCCAGGAUAUCUAGAGGAGUCUGUAAUCUUCAACACAACUGCUCUUCUUCGUGUCUCUGCUCAAAUAUAUAACAAUAUAACAUAGUGAUAUAACAGUGGCGUCUGUCUCGUGCUCGGAUUCUGUUUAAGGUAUUUUAUCUACAAACGACAGAUGUUAUAAUGAAGGAUUGAGUGAGUUUGGUCAUUAAUCUGAUGAAGAGUUAAUCAUCAUAACCCAGAUAAUUAAUCUGAAUUACAUGACCAUUUAAUACGCACUUGAUUAUCUUUCUGUAGUAUUAUACAGAUUUUAUUGAGAUUUUGAAGGUUUAUCGGGUCCACUGAUUAGAGAAUAACUUCUAUAGGUCACUAAAUUCAUGUUUUCUCUUAAUGUUUAUAAUUUGGCUCUUCAUGUUGAUGCUGGUAAAUAAGACAUUGUUCAACACAAAUGCUAAAGUUUAACAGUCUUUAAACCAGGUACAUUUCAGACAGAAUUGUCAUAUUCCACCCCGUCUAAAGAAAUAAUUUGUGCAUAAAGACAGUUCAACCAUUUUAAGACCACAAAUUUUCUGCAUUAAGACAUUGUUCUCAAAAGAAGUGAAAUCAUAUAUAUAUGGGGAUAUAUAAUAUAUAUAUAUCCCCAUCCCCUACAGUGGAAAAAAAAUAUAAUGAAAUAAACAAAUAUAUUUUGAUAUUAAAUUAUAAUAUAAAUAUAUUUAAUAUUAUAAUGUAAUAUUAAAUAUAUUUAUUUCAUCAAAUAUAUGUGUGUGUGUGUGUGUGUGUAUAUAUAUAUAUAUAAUUAUUAUUAUUAUUAUUAUUAUUAAUAAUAUUUUUUUUUUCCCACUGAAAUAUAUUUCAACCAAAAUAUAUUUAUUUCAUUUUAUAUAUAUAUAUAUAUAUAUAUAUAUAAAAUGUAUUUAAUUAUAUAUUUUUUUCACUGUAUAUAUAUAAUAUAUAUAAUAUAAUAUUCUUGAAAAUAAUGUCUUAAUGCAAUAAAUAGGGGUCCGAAAAACAGGCUUCAUCCAACAUAUAAUUUCUUGACUAUUAUUGUGAACUUCACUAAACAGAUUAUUACCUGUAACUCACUUUAUACACAUGAAAUAUCUGCUGUAUGAUUAAUAUUUGUUAGUGGGAGGAGAGGACAAGCACACUUUUAUUUGGGUCGUGGUAUAAAAGAAAUGGAACGGUAUUUUAGUUCAUGAAAACAUCCCAGAUCAGGGACUCGUCAACUAGGUAGCAGAACUAAACAGGGUGCUGUGACGUGCCAUCUGAUUAUAAUCUCACCAUCUAUAAUAUCAGCUUUCAGUGGACGUAGUUUCAUAUGUAUAUAUAUUUACAGUCAUAUUUUCAUUUGCUGAUUUGAAACAAGUCCAAGUAAUCCAAAUAUGGAUCGUAGUGAGGGUCGUGCUGGACAAAACUCAUGUCUUGAUACCAUCUGCUGAUUUUCCCAGUGGUUUUGUGCUGGUUUGAUUUGAUAGGCUGGUUGUUUAUUUUCUGUACGUUCAACACUGAUGUUUGUCCGAAUAAGUUCAACCAUCUUUACGUUAGUAAAUGUGACACUGACAGGUGCUUAGAAAAACGUAUGCACUUUCACACCGAACACACGCAGGUACAGAAAUGAUCACUAAGAUUGUUGCAAAAACUGUAUCGCGCUUGUUAUUUCGCUCCCUAACUUUAAUUCAGACAUGACAGAACAUUGAAAAUCAAGAGUUCAUGUAAUUAUUAAGGGUAAAUGAUUGUCAAAUAUUUUGCUGUAUAUUUAUUUAACACAGUUCUGCAGAGAACAAGACUUGUCAAAUGACACUCCAGGGUUGCGUUUAGUUUUUGUAAUUAUUUCUUUUUCCAUCUAUGCAGUUGUAUGGAUAUGUAUUCAUCAUCGAAUAUACUCACAGAUUAUGAUGUCAACCUGUAACUCACUGUCAUGCAUUUAAUGGUUUUUCCCAUUAAAAUGUGUGUUAACUACA